AUGAAUACAGUGGAUGAAUCAUUCAAGGAGCUUAUCAGCUACUCUAAACAUUCUCCACUCGAGGUUAGUGCAUGUCUUUCAAGGAUUCACUCUACCGUUUGUACGGAAGGUGUAUCGGCAAGUGUACUGGACGAUGUGAUUGUCUUUUUGUGCGAGUCUCCACUGAUUUCUGUUUCCACAAAGGUCUACCUCAUACAUGAAGCGCUGUUGCCUAACGGGCCAGUUCAAAGCUCGACAGUUUUCACGAUUUUAAGUCAUCUGGGUGUUCGGUCCUUUACAAACCCACAUAAACGGGAAACUCAUCCAGACAUUCAGAUUGAGCUUUGCAAAUGGCUUGUUCAGGUAUAUGUACUAGUGGAUGACGUUACGGUCUUUUCAAAAACGUAUUCAAUAUGGUUCCAGCUCUGGCAGUUUGAUUACCUACAAAAAUGGGUUACCUAUUUACUGUUUUGGACGACAACAGCAGAGGCAGUUCGGCCUUGGAGGAUACAGUGGCUACUUGAGACAAGCCUCAAUACUGGUUACUCAAACUCCAAGGCGCUGGCUACACUAUUACUUGAGAAAUUUAACAUUGCCAGACCAAGCCAAGCUAUAGUUGAUGCCAUUUCUUCUGUCCACUGCAACAGACGUAGACUCAAGAGCUUGGAGUUCGAUUCAUAUGAUGAGAGCUUUUUAUCAAAUUGGAGUAAAGUGCUGGACCAUUCUAGGUGUAUCUCAAUGCCGGCAUUCUUUGAUCUAAUAAGCGAUCAUCGAUCACAGAUUCACUUAGUUGCCACGGAGUCGAAAACUGAGAGGCUUCAGCUGUCUCAGGCGGUUCCACUGAAUGGAGUCGAAACAGUUGAAAAGCUUGUUAGCUCCUAUUACAACAUCACCCCUCCAAAAAAUGUCGAGGAAGUAUUGCCCAAUGGCGACCGCACAGUCAUGAUAUACUUGGCAUUACUGGAACGUAGAAACCCAUUUUGGGAUCGCUGUCUAAAGUGGUGUGAGCUAAGGCUAAAAUCUGAGGUUUUCGCCAGCAGGAACGACCCGGAGAGGACCCUGGAAACGAUGAAAAUUGUAAUGCUCACGCUCGCUUUGUAUCAAACUGACCCUUCGAUAUCUGAUGAGGUUAGAGCUGAGAAUAGGAUUACAAAUCUUCUGAGACAAAUGGCUACUCAAAGCCGUUUUUCUUAUAUUGCUUUGCUUUUGGCGCCCCCCAUGACAUAUGUUGAGACAACGAUGGCUAGGGAAUUGACAGAACGCUUGAAGUUGGGGUCAAAAUUAAGUGCCUUUUACGAAAGGUGCAGACAUAUGCUUUACUUCUUAUGGGCCUCAAUUGGUACGCUAGUUGAUAAGUCAUUGUUACGAAAGCUUUCAUCUGACUUCGAGGAAACGUUGCGCCUAAUUAAUGAGGACUUGUCCUCAUGCUCAUCAAACCGGCAUGUAAAUAUGACUCUGCGACUACUAAUCAAGGUGUUUUCAUUUAUCCUGCUUCGGUACAAGCAUAUGCCUGACUGGGACAUAACUUCUUUUUACAAGCUUCUCGAAGUACUAAUUAUUACGAAUGAUCCCUUAGCAUUGUGUUCAAUUGUUGAAUUCUUCUCGAAGGCAAGAGAGUAUGUUCAGGAGCAUAGCAAAGAUCGGUCGCUUGUUGAAAUUCAUAACAAUGCUGUACUUGAUGUCACAAAUUAUCUUUGGAGAAACAAAUUUAAAAACAACGCUAGUUUUAUUGGCGUUCCUUCUGAUUUUAUUCAAAAGAUCAUAGAAAGCCUAUAUUCAGAAGAUUCAGAGAUGAGCCUUAAGUCUUGGUUAACAAUUACAAGUAUCCCUGCAACAUCCUACUGCUCCCUUCAGAUUUUGAGAAGUUUCGAGAGAGCAACCGCUAGCAAAAUUUCUUUCACCCGCCUUUUGACAGAUAAAAGUUACGAAGCCUUCAAAAAGCAAGUAUCUUCGGAAGACUGGCUUGAUACAAUCCCAACUUAUUACGACUUAAAGUUAACUAUCCUCGCUCGGAUGCGGUUCGAUAGAACUUAUCAAAAUAUUCCCGAGUUUUUAUUUACCUUUUUGAGAAGCCUUACGGGAACCCAAAAAUCGAUUCAGUAG